AUGUUAAAAUCUGUAGAAAUCACUCUUCGCCCCUUCAAAUUAUGUGAUGUUGAUGAUUUUAUGGGAUGGGCAGGGGAUGAUAAUGUAACAUGCUAUUGCAGAUGGAACACAUUUACCUCUAGGGAUGAUGCCUUGGACUUCCUCAAAGAAGUGAUUUGGUCUCAUCCUUGGUACAGAGCUAUCUGUAUCGAAGACCGUCCGAUUGGGUCGAUUUACGUGAUGCCAGGUAUAGGGAAAGAUCAACGGAGGGGAGAGAUAGGAUAUGCUCUGAGUGCAAAGUACUGGGGAAAAGGUAUAGCAACAGAGGCAGUUAGGAUGGUGAUUUCAUGUGUGUUCAAGGAGUUGAAGUAUUUGGACAGGGUUGAAGGUUUGGUUUUCGCCGAAAAUAAAGCUUCACAAAAGGUGCUGGAGAAAGCUGGGUUUACCAGAGAGGGUCUUCUGAAGAAAUAUUUCUUUGUUAAAGGAAAAAGUAGAGACAUAAUUGUCUUCAGUAUGACAGAAUCUGAUUAA